AUGACUAGAUAUCCUUAUUAUAAUUGUGAUACAGUGGGAAUAGUACAAAAAAUCCCAUAUAUUCAAGUAUCCCCUGAAAACAGUUUAACAGUUCACUUCUCUUCAGCUUGUGUGAAAUGUGGAAUGUGCAUUGCUAUAGCAAAUCAAAUAAACGAUACGUUAUUAGAAAUACAUGAAUCUUUGGAUACUUGGUUAAAUGAUACAGAAGCCGUUAUUCUUUUGAGAAAUAUUUGUAAUUUUGCUUUUAAACACUACAGUUUACGAGAAAUUAAUGGCAAAAGAUAUAUUUGCGAUCAUGUUCCUGGUUCUACGUUAGUAACAUCUUCGGGUGAUGGUUUAUGGGAGACGCAUUUGAGAGAUAAUUGUCAUGAAUAUUUGAAUGAAAUAGACCCAUUAGAAUUGUAUCAGCAUUGGCAACAAUGGUGUCAGGAUGAUCAUAAAAAUCCUGAUUUGGUUACAAUACUUUGCAGAAAUGACGCUGGGAAACUACGUGAUUGCAGAAGUAUGGACGAUAUGAUUAAAUAUGAAUUACCUUCGAAAAACUAUCAAGCAGAUAUAAAAAUUAAAGUAGAAUUCGGAUGUUGAAGUACAAAUGCACAUAAAUUAUUUAUAUCGGUAUAUUAAUUUUUAUUUAUUCGAUUUAUAUAUGUGUGUGUAUGUAUAUAUAUGUUUGUAUAUAUACACACACACCACUCUUAUAUUUGUUUUGUAUAAAUUGAGGUAUGAUUAUA